CCCCACGCAUUUGUUCAAAACAAUGGCGCAUCAACCUUCCCUGAUCAGUCUGCAAUGGUUUUCAAUCCUUCUGGCUUGUAUUUCCUUGUUCAGUUGGACCAUUUUUGCAGUUAGUCCAGACGCUCCAUUGACAUUGGAUUACUACAAAUCAACAUGCCCCACUGUGUUUGAGAUUGUGAGGAAAGAAAUGGAGUGUGAAGUAAACUCUGAUCCUCGAAAUGCAGCUUUGGUUCUUCGGUUGCAUUUCCAUGACUGCUUUGUUCAGGGUUGUGAUGGGUCAGUUUUGCUUGAUGAUACAAUCAGUUUACAAGGAGAAAAGAAAGCUUCGGCAAAUGUGAAUUCUUUAAAAGGUUUCGAAAUCAUUGACAGGAUUAAGAACAAGCUUGAAUCUGAGUGUCCUGGGACUGUUUCCUGUGCUGAUAUCCUCACCGUUGCUGCUAGAGAUGCAGUGAUUCUGGUGGGUGGACCUUACUGGGAUGUACCAGUGGGAAGAAAGGAUUCAAAAACAGCCAACUAUGAUCUAGUUAGGGAAAACAUUCCAACAGCAAAUGAGGGUCUUCUCAGUAUUAUAGCUAAAUUUCUUUAUCAAGGUCUAUCAGUGACUGAUAUGGUAGCUCUUGCUGGCGCUCACACCAUUGGAAUGGCACGGUGUGAGAACUUUCGAGCUAGAAUUUAUGGAGAUUUUGGAGCAACAGAUUCAUAUCUCAGAAACUUGAAAUCCAUCUGCCCUGCUGCAAUUAGUAGCUCGGGAGAGAAUAACGCAACAGCAAUGGACAAUGUUACGCCAAAUCUUUUCGACAAUUCAUUUUACCAUACACUGCUGAGAGGGGAAGGGUUACUAAGUUCAGACCAAGAAAUGUAUUCCAACGUUUUUGGAAUCGAAACUAAGAAGCUGGUCCGAAAAUAUGCUGACGACCCCCUCGCUUUCUUCAAUCAGUUCUCGGAUUCAAUGGUGAAGCUGAGCAACAUUACGAAUUCGGAUAGCAUUGUCAAUGGUGAAGUCAGGAAGAUUUGCAGAUUUGUUAACACUUAAAAAUAAAUACCUGCAAAAACACCCGCCAUUUUUGUUAAUGAUUCCUUUGAUUGUGUCUAGGAAAUCAAAUAAAAACUUCUUUCAAGUUAAAUUUGAAGUUCCUUCCUCUAACAUUAUUAAUUUCAAACCUACCCUGUAAAUUUGUGAUUCUCUCUUGCGUCUACUUCAAUCAAUUAUGUAUUUAGUAUUCUUAUUAUUCUUUAGAAUGUUAUAUAUUUAAAUAAAUUUUACAUAUUAAUUGUUUUUAAUUAUUUUUG